AUGUCUGAAAUUCUCAGUGAUACAGAAAAUCAAAACGAUGUUUUGAGUUAUUUCCCUCUUGAUGAAUCUACUGGUAAAGCAAAAUGUAAACUAUGUUCUAAAACAUUUACUCAUCCAAUCAACGACUUGAUUGCUAGAAAUCAUUUUUCAAAGUCUCAUAAAGAAGAAUGGGAUGCUUUAGAUAAAGAUAAUGAUAAUAAAUCGACUAAAUUCAAAAAUCCUAAAUCAAUUAAAGAUAAACCUAAAGUUGAUAUAUUAAUGUCUGAUGGUAAUGAAUUAAGAGCUCGAAAAGUUGUUAUUACACGCAAUCUUGAUUAA